ACGAAGCUUCCUGAUUUAUAUUCUGGGUGGAAACAAUGUUCUUGGGUGAAAUAAAUCUCUCCAGUUGUGCUUCUGUUCAGGACCCUUGUAGGAACCGUGUGCCAUUGUUUUGGAGAGCUUAUUGCUUGAAGCAGCUCUGCGUGGAGGGGAAGGAAGGAAGGAAGUAACUGCCUCCAUUAAAGAAGUGAGGGAGUCGAGAUCUGGCCUUGUAUACAGCAUGGGAACUGGGAUGAUAACCUGGCACUCAUGAGACUACAACAAGGGAGAACUCUUAAAAGGGACAGUGUCCUGAGUACCCCCAUUGGAUAAUGGACCUGAUUCAAUUGUAUUGGAGGAUAAACUGCAUGGAAAGAAUGAGGAAGACUAUAUAUUAAGAAACAGUAAUUUAUCCUGCUGCAAUGGGUCUUCUUGCUUGUGAAAUAUGGUGUAGCAUGUUUCGAAGAUCAGAAAGUGAUCCCAAGGUUUUGGAAAGGCAAGAACAGCAGCAGCCAUCAUAUAUCGCAUUAAGUUAUAUCAACAGGUUUAUGACUGAUGCUGCUCGGCGUGAACGUGAACAGAUGAGAAAAAAGCAUCAGGCCAAGUUGAUCCCAGCCCUUUCCAGCCCUGUGGGAAGAGGGGGAACGCCCGCAUCACCUCAUCCUGGCAAUGGAAGCUCAGCAUUUCCUGGAACCCCACCCGUUACACCAUCCUCUUCUGCCUGUAGUGGUACACCAACUGGCAGUGAAUUAGAUGAAGAGGAAAUCGAAUGUGAGGAUUCCGACAGUGACGAAUCAUGGACAACAGAAAGUGCUAUCAGCUCCGAGACUAUUCUAAGCUCAAUGUGCUUGAAUGGGGAUGAUGAGAAGCCAUUUGCUUGCCCUGUACCUGGCUGUAAAAAGAGGUACAAGAAUGUGAACGGGAUUAAGUACCACGCCAAGAAUGGUCAUCGCACUCAAACCCGUGUUCGAAAGCCUUUCAAGUGCCGUUGUGGAAAAAGCUACAAAACUGCCCAUGGACUUCGUCAUCAUACCAUCAACUUCCACCCACCGGUAUCAGUGGACAUGCUUAGGAAGAUGCAGUUGUGAGGGGUAUCUCCUGCACAUAACUGAACUGGUAAUUAUAGACUUGAGUGUUCGUCAAUGAAGAGAAUUCUUUCUCAAGAUUUACUGUUACAGGUCUUGAUACUGGGAUUUGUUUUUCCAUAUUGCCUUUUUUUGAAUGAUUUUUUUUCUGUGAAGUCUUGUUUUAUUUGGAAAAUUGUGUUUCCCAUGAUGGCAAUCAAACGCUGCUAAUAAAUUAGAUAUUUUAAAUAUUGAUCACUUUUGAAUUCUAGGGAAAGAACUUUAAAUGAUUUCAGUGCUUCCACAAAGCACUUUUUCAUCAUUGCGUUAUAUCAUGCAAUUUUAUGUCAAUACUUAAAAAUUGACUAUACAAUAGUUUUAUUUUUAUUGUAUCAAAGAAUUGUUAGAGAAAAAAAACUUAAGUUGUAUUUUACAUCA